AUGCAAAUGGUCAAGGAUGUUCUAGCCAACAGUGAUAAAGUUUCAGAGGUCCUACAAGAGUCUACUCAUCAGUUCAACCUGCUUACUUCACCCACUUUCCUACCAAAGGUCAAGGAUCAAGGGAAAUUCACUCUCCCUUGCACACUUGGGCAUCUUGAGAUUGACAAUGCCUUAGUGGAUUCUGGAGCAAGCAUCAAUCUGAUCUCUCUCUCCAUGGCAGAGAAGCUAGGCAUUGCUGGAGCCUUGCAGCGCCCUACUACUUCAAUCAUGUUUGGAGAUGCAACUUCUAAGUCUCCUCUUGGAGUGUUCAAGAACUAUCACUUGAAAAUUGGAGAAUGCAUCAUCCAAACUGAUCUCACUGUGAUGGAAAUGGAAGAAGAGAAGGAUUUACCUCUGUUAUUGGGAACCCCUUUCCUUAGUACAGUUGGCGCUUCAAUAGACUUUCACAAGCAAGAAGUGAUCCUUCACAAGGUGAAUAGUUUGGUGUCAUAUCGCUUGCAGCCUAGAGGUUCAGACUUUUGUGCCACAAUUGACAGUACCAAUCUCAGUUCUAAGAGUCAUGGAGCUACAAAGGUUGUGAAGGAAAGGGUUGACAAGGAACCAAGAGUUGGGAAGGAUAAGGUUGAGAGAGGACCAAGGAUUGAGAAGCCACGUCUUGAGAGGGCUAGAGUUGAGAAACCACGAUCUGAUAGGCCACGAGCUGAGACUUGUUCAAGCCCCUUGUGUGCUUGA